AUGGGUCAGGCACACAGUUCCGCCUCUCCUCAGGUCUCCUACCUGUACAGGUUCUUACCUGUGCGGCUCCUACCUGUACAGAUCUUACCUGUGGAGGUCUUACCUGUGCGGCUCUCACCGGCUCUUACCUGUGCAGGUCUUACCUGUGCGGCUCUCACCGGCUCUUACCUGUGCAGGUCUUACCUGUGCGGCUCUCACCGGCUCUUACCUGUGCGGCUCUUACCGGCUCUUACCUGUCUUACCUGUGCGGCUCUUACCGGCUCUUACCUGUACAGGUCUUACCUGUGUGGAUCCUACCCGUACAGGUCUUACCUGUGUGGCUCUUACCGGCUCCUACCUGUACAGGUUCUUACCUGUGCGGCUCUUACCUGUACAGGUCUUACCUCUGCGGCUCCUACCUGUGCAGGUCUUACCUGUGCGGCUCUUAACGGCUCUUACCUGUACAGGUCUUACCUGUGCGGCUCUUACCGGCUCCUAACUGUACAGGUUCUUACCUGUGCGGCUCUUACCUGUGCAGGUCUUACCUGUGUGGCUCUUACCGGCUCCUACCUGUACAGGUUCUUACCUGUGCGGCUCUUACCUGUACAGGUUCUUACCUGUGCGGCUCUUACCUGUGCAGGUCUUACUUGUGUUGCUCCUACCUGUGCAGGUCUUACCUGUGCGGCUCUUACCUGUACAGGUCUUACCUGUGUGGAUCCUACCCGUACAGGUCUGACCUGUGCGGCUCUUAACGGCUCUUACCUGUACAGGUCUUACCUGUGCGGCUCUUACCUGUGCAGGUCUUACCUGUGCGGCUCUUACCGGCUCCUACCUGUGCGGCUCUUACCUGUGCAGGUUUUACCUGUGUGGCUCUUACCGGCUCCUACCUGUACAGGUUCUUACCUGUGCGGCUCUUACCUGUACAGGUUCUUACCUGUGCGGCUCCUACCUGUACAGAUCUUACCUGUGGAGGUCUUACCUGUGCGGCUCUCACCGGCUCUUACCUGUGCAGGUCUUACCUGUGCGGCUCUCACCGGCUCUUACCUGUGCAG